CACAGCCCAAUAAACCAUGUCGAGGAAACUAGAAAAACCCAGAGAAGAAGACAGUCUACACAGGUUUUAGAGAAAUAAAAGAACGAGAGAGAUCAGAAAUGGCGAAGUCCUGCAAAGGUCUGGCUAUGGAACUCGUCAAGUGCCUUAGCGAAUCCGAUUGUGUUAAGGUGGAGAACCGGCCAUACAGAGAAUGUGCAAAAGAGAAGGCGCCGAAAAUUUCCAGCGAGUGCGUGGGCUUAAGAGAAACGUAUUUCAACUGCAAGAGAGGACAGGUUGACAUGAGAGCUAGAAUACGCGGAAACAAGGGUUACUAGCAACUGUGGUCUAUUCCUAUUCAGUGAGCAGUAGUGAAAUUUGACACUUAAAACUCAACUCCACCACUUGAAUCCUGGGGAAGGAGACCAACUGAUUUUGCCUGAAUGUAUCUCUUUUGUUUCUCAAAUGUACAGAUUGCUGAGUGGAGAACUUUUUCGUGGGAACUCAAGUUGUGUUGUGAGAGAAUUACAAUCAUUUACAUGCGGAAUUUUUCAUAUAUAAAUGAUUAUGAUUGUUUAAAUAAAUUCUCAUACACCUUUGGGUGUACGAACAUAUGUCCGUCACAAAGGACAUAAAACACC